AUUCCUUAAUGAAGUCUCGUUAUGUUAUUUUCGGAAAAAAGUUUAUUGAUGGCAAGUAAAGUAGCAGACGGCUAGCAUCUGUACCUUGUUUUGACACGGAGUGAUGUGUUAAGAUUAUGUCCUUCAUAUAUAGUUGAAGGGCAUAAGAACUCUUUCGUUUCCAAUUAACGCUGUGCUGGAAAUACAUGUUUUGUUACGUAAAGAAAUGAUUGCUUUGCCGAGUUUGCAGUCGAAACUCCUUCACAGAAUGGUGAUAGGCCGCUCGUGUAGUGUAUGCUUUGAAACAAGGCCACAAGUUUGCUGAAGCGGCAAAAAUGCAGCGACUUUCCUACGCCGGGAGAUACCCGGAGCAGCAGAGUUUGAAGACUCCGCCGGCUUCCUUACUUCUGGUGUCAGUGUUGGGGUCGUUUGUUCUAGCAGCAGGCUCAGUAAUUCUUCUGGCACCAGAAGACCGCAUUUCAGUUGCCCGUGGGGCCUGGCUUUCGGGGCUUGGGCUUAUCUUCUUCGUUUCGCUGUUUGAUCUCCUUAAUCAUGUGGCAUUGCAGACGAAUGUGGGACAUGUGUUCCGAAAAAAGUACGAACUGACAUUGUAUGAAGUCCUCGAUAUUUCCAACAAAACUGUGUCAGCAGUUCAGGCAGUAUUAUCGUGUAUCACGGGAUCCAUUGUAUGUAUGUGGUCGUGUACACGUGACUUCCUGCGGUCUUCACAUUUCAUGUCAGAAGCAUAUGCAUGGUUUGGUGCUUCGUACUUCUUCUAUGAUAUAUGGUCAAUGUACAAAGUCCAUACAUCUGGCAAAAGUGAUGUGGAGCGACAACAACACAGUGGUCACUGCCUUGCACAAUGGAGCGAUUACAUUUGCAAACAGCCAAUGAUAGUACUGCAUCAUUUGUUUAUUGGCUCAUUUGGAUUCCUCGUCAUUAUUCAUCUGAGAGGUGACUUAGGGGACUGUAUAUUUGGGGUUGUGUACCUUAUGGAACUCAGUACACCUUUUGUCUCUUUUAGAGGCAUCCUCAGUAAGUUAAAGAUGAAAUCAUCACAGCUUUAUGUGGUCAAUGGUCUAGUCAUGCUAGUCACGUUUUUUCUCUGCCGUGUAAUUACGCUCCCGUAUGUCUGCUAUAAGUACAGUGACUAUGUAGGAUUGUCAUUUUGGGAGGCUUUCAUAUCACUGCCUACUGGUUGUAAAAUUAGCAUAGCCAUAUUGAUGUUUCCUCAGAUAUAUUGGUUUAUUCUGAUGGUAAAGGGUGCAUUUUCAGUUUUUUUCCCAGUGAAGUAAAACAGUAUCGCCAGUUAAAAAAUAUAACUAUUGUGCAGUAAAUACCCAUUAAUUUAGUUGUGAAUGUUUCACCUUAUGCCAGUGGGAAGAGAGCAUUCACAAUUUUCUGUCCUUGUAAUACAGUUGUACAUAGCUAUUCCUGCCUGUGGUAUUUAAAGAUCUGACAUUCUCUUUCCUUCAUAACAUGCAGGAUAGAGCUAAACUGAAAUUUCAUGUGUGUGAUAGAUUGGUUUGUGGGGAUUAGAAAUGCUGUGUUAGGAUUUUCAGAUACAGAUUAAAUGUUGUGUGCUGUUUUUUUAUGAAAUGCAAAAAGUAUUGGCGACAAUAGUUCCUAUAUGUGCAUAGAUGUGUGUAUAUGUGUCUAUAUGCAUGGCUGUCAUGCUGCCAAAAAAUGUGCAUUUAAUUAUGAUUGUAGUUCAGUAUUGACAACAAAACAUUACCAGAGUCAAACGCCUCAACCAGAUUCGCACACACCUGCAGAAAACCUAAACAUUUUAUGGAGAAAAAAUAAUUAACUAAUAAAUGUGUGUAGAGAAAGGGUGUUAACAGCUGUUAUAAAAAUGAUCAACAACAUUCCACUGCUCCUUGUUAAUUUCUGUAUUAUACUGUGGAACAUGGCUGCUGUAAUCAUUUCAACGCUCUUAUUUCCACAUAGCUACCAGAAAUUAUUUUUUAAUAUUGACAACUUCUGAGAUUAAUGUGUUUAGCAUUUAUUAUUACAUGGGAGAUGCUUAGUAUUGCUCUGUCAGUUUUAUUGUUAUUGCAACAAGCAAUAAACUGGAGAACAUCUGUCCUUAUAGGUGUGUGGCACUACCUGUUGGGAACACAAGAUUGACGUAGCUUUCUUUCUGCAUUGUAGGGAGUUUUGUUUUGGCUUCGAAUUUAUGAUAAUUGGCUUAAAAGUAUGAAAAUUAAUCCAGUAUAUUAUAUUGCUGUUUCAUUAAAAGACUGAAUAAAAUGUUACAGAAUUUUCCACACUCUCUGGAGAGAAAAAACACCUAUACUUUCAUUAUGCAGAUUUAACAAUAUUAUUUGAUAAAAUUUUUAGGUGAAUGUAUGAAAUAAGAUUAAUCAUUCAAAUAACACAUUAGAAGACUGAAGAUGGAAACUUGAAAUUCACAUGCCUGUGGACAGAGGUAGUUACGAAGCAGUUGCCACAAAAAGUGCAGACAUAGAAAAAGAAACUGAUAUUUGAAGAAAAACUAUUUACUUCCUGGACUACUAUAAUGGAAAGAAAUAGUAGAAUGAGUAGUCACUUUGUACUGAACUCUCACUUUGUUAGUGGGAGAGAUACCCCUAUCAUUGCUUAAAGAUUUUCGUUAAUAUACUCAGUCUUGUGAAAUUGACAUCAGGUCUUUUGUCGAAGUUCACUCCCAGGGUUAUAAUAUGUCAUUCAGUAAGCAGAAAGUUCCUGUCAUAGGGAUGUAUACUCUCCUCCUUUGCUUGUUUAUGUACUCAGAUAUUGUUCUAUUUGUCAUACACUGAUAUUUUCUCUUUUCCUUUCCCAUCUCAAUUUAGAAAAUAAGGCAAACUUCCUUGUAUGUUAUCUUUAAUUUGAUACAUCAAAAUCACUUAUUGUUCUGUUUAUAAUUAUCAAAAAAGUGUGAAUUUGUAAGUUGUGCAUUUUAUAUUUGUCAAAUUAUCAAAUUUGAAUUUGAUGCCACAGUGCAGUAUUAAUGUGUUGAGAAGUGAAAAUCAACUCAUUACACAUCCAGGAAAUGUUAGAUUCUUAUGAGCAAAACCAAAAAUUAUGUUGCAGUCAUUUAAUUAUUCUGGUUUGUGCUAAAGAGCUUGCUUUUUUACUGUUAAAGUAUCCCCAUUAAUAUUUUUUGUAGCUUUCCAUCUUGUGGGGCAAUCUAAUGAUUCUGAAAACAUUUUGAUGUUGCAUCCUAAAUAAAAGUUUGCCAACAUUAAUUUCUGUUUGUACGAGAGUUGCCCAGAAAGUAAUGCACCACAUUUUUUAUUCAACAAUUCUUUACUGAACAUAAUGAGAAUUACACAUACAAAAGAAUUGUGUUUUAUCUACACACCCAAUUUUCCGCAUAAUCUCCAUCCCGUUCUACGGCCUUCGUCCAGCACGAAACGAGGGAGUUUAUGCCUUGUCGGUACCAAUCCUUGUCCUGGUGGCAGAGCCCGUGCUUCACUGUGUGAAUUGCAUCCACACUUCCUUUGCUGAUUGACAGCUGCAGCGCCAAGUGCCGACUCAUAAUGCGUCUGUCCUCGUGAAUGCCAACAUCGUAUCGCUGCAAUAUGUCAGGUGUGACAGCUGGGGAUGGUCUCACCGACCACUGCAAAUCAUGACAUUCCAGCGAACUGCCUUCUGAUGACCUCAACCUCCAUGUCCAGUGACUAACUGUAUUUCUGUCGACAGCAGAUGCCCCAUAGACUUUGCACAAGCAUUUGUGCAUAUUCCCCACUGUUUCUUUCUCUGCAGUGAGAGAUUCAAUGAUGGCAUGUUGCUUGUAACGUAUGUCACUUACAGACACCAUUUUGAAACUGUCCUGCAGCUAUGCUGUCUGUCGGAAGUGACGGAAACUUGGCGCGCUCACUCAGGAGACUUCAAAUUAUACAUACGUAACUUUUGUAUUCGUAGCGUUGUUUCUGGCUAAGAAAAAAAAAAAAAGGCAAUGUCUUACUUUCUGGGCAAUCAUUGUUAUAUAUGGUAGGAUUAUGACUUCUUUAUAACCCCAUGUUCUUGUGCCGUAAAUCGAUGAACUUUUGUUAGUGGGUAGCGAAAAUGUGUUCAUUUAUUCCCAUUUCCUACUCUGGUUUGUUCUGGGAAUUGAUAGCUUCUGGUAAUAAAGUGCUGUAUCCUGCACUCAGUAAACCAAACAUCUACCAAUCUGUAAAAGAUGAAGAUUAAAUAGCAGAAGAGCUAGUAUUACUUAAGAGUUCCAUCUUGCAUUAGUUAAGUUAUUGUCCAAAACAUCACUUUAGGAAAGUGAGAGUUAAGUGAAUUAGAAAUUUCAUAGCAUGACACCAUCCUUCUGUUUCAGUAAUCUCUCCUAGACCAUUCUGAAAAUUCAUCUUGAGCUGCUCAUAGUUCAUACCAAGUGCCAGGAUAAAUGAGUACUUGAUAUUGGGUAAUGCGUUGUUUCCUCCAAGUCACCAUCUGCUAUCAUGUGAAGCACACAGUCAUGAAUGAAGUGUUGACAGCCAAUAAAUCGUGGUUCUUCUGGUGUUUAUAACUGAACAGCAGUGCCAUUUUUCCCUUCCAGUGUUCACAUUUGUAGUGUCAGUGGCAAUCCUCUUUAUAGUUUGACUACGGAGUCUUUUGCGACGGAGUCCUUGCAUAAAAAGUUCUCGGUUUACUUGCCGCGUCAAAUUUGGAUAAAAUCCCAAGCUUUCGAUGACUACCUCCGUCAUCUUCGUCAGGGGUAAAACUGACUGUCGUGGACCGGUGAGGCUUCCGCUUUUAUAAGCAGUGGACGGCUUCUCAUUGGCUGGAUGACGUCACGGUGAAACCGAUGCGUACUGAGGUGGCAGCCUCUAUAUCCAUAGAUUUUGUUUGCGCGCUUUAUCCAGCGUUGCUUGCAGCGCCAUCCAUCGCAACAGGCGGAGAACUGCGAGGAAUGUAAGAAGUCUCCCUCUGCGCUCUUUCUAUAUCAAUUGCGUGCUUCCAUGCAUUGCUGAGUGCAUAACCGGAAUCUCUGUUGAAAUUAUUUUCACAGAGUCUAAUUUCAACUGCUUCCCUGAUGACAGAGUCCCAAUAGUUUGAAGCGUGAGCAAGUAGUCUUGUUUCAUCGAAUAAAAUCUUAUGUUUAUUUAACAAACUGUGCUCAGCCACCGCUGAUUUUUCUAGAUACCUGUAUUUCAGGUGACGCUGAUGUUCCACACUGCGAUCGGCGACAGUUCUUAUAGACUGGCCCACAUAACUUUUGCCACACUCGCAAGGAAUGCUGUAAAUUCCCGGUACUCUCAGGUCAAGAUUAUCUUUCACGGGUCGCAGCAUUUCCUUAAUCUUCCUGGGUGGCCGGAAGACUGGUCUGAUUCCUUGCCGGCUUAGGACUCUGCCGAUCUUGCUGGUCGUUGCACCGCAGAAUGGUUGUCCAUAAAUUUUAUUAAUUGAGAACAGUUGUUAUUCCUUUGACCACAGUACCUGCUUUCCCAUUUGGUAAGUCUAGUGCUUCCAACUUGACUUCAUUCAUUUUUCAAUGCCAAUACCUGACAUUCUUGGUUAUCAAUAUGCUUACCAUCAAAAUGCAGGAACCAGCUGUCUAGGUUUUGUGUUUUCUUCAUUUCUCCUUUGCAUUUAACAGCUUCUUUAAUGGUAGAUCUGUAAAUACCUGGUUGUGAAGGGGUUUCAUUGUCAGUCUCAACGUGAGAUAUCUGUCUGCAAAUGGUUGCCCACUUUGCUGAUUGAUAAUUUUGAACUUGUUCGCAAUUGGGUUACAGUUUUUGUGUUGAUGUAUUUGUUCCUUAUGUUUGGGAACAGUUCACCUGGACUGUGGGACUCCUGAUAGCCAUUGUCAGACAGUUAUGUUGAUUUACUUGAAAUAGAAGUAGUAAUGUUGUUGUUGCUGCUGCUGCUGCUGCUGAAGUAUGCUGCAAAGAUAUUUUUCUUCUUUUGAAUAGAUGGAUAAUUCUGGAACUCAGGCUUCCCAACUGUGUAACUAACAUGCUCUUUGCUUUUAAUCUGAGCAUGAUACUACCUUUUUCCUCACUGCACACCCAUUCAGUUUUCUUUUGUAAUGUGAAAAACUUCACUCAGUUAAUCAUAUUUUCCUCAUUUUACACAUUGAAAAUAGGUUUUUAGUACCGUAUUGAAGCACGUACUACUGGAAUUGAUGAGAUUGAGCCAUUUAAUUCCUUUUGCCAUAACAUUAAUAGUUCCUUCACAGUUUACUGUACACAUUCUUCCCUGUCUGUCAUGAACUCUCUAAGGAAUAUAUAACAACCAACAAUGUGUAUUUUGUGCAGUAUCCUGUUCAAGUUUUCAAGUGAUUGUUGUUGUAGUGGAACAGUUAUUAUUUUUCUGUUUGAUUCUUGAAAUUGUACUAGAUUCUUUGUCCAUAUCUUCUUGUUUAUUUCAGUGGUAGAAGCACUUAUUUUAAAAUUCAUUAUGAUUACAAAUUAUACAUCAGCCGAAUGAUGGCUAAGCACUCAGUUAAUUAUUCACUGCAUCAUCGCAAAAUGACAGUAAAGUCAGCUGCACUCACAAAGCAGCACAGCACAAAAUACAUAAAGCUUCAGGUUUUUAUGUUCCUUUAUUCCUGAAAUGAGCACUUAUUCUCAAAUGUUCUGUUGUUGACCAGCUUGCCCAUCUGUUAGCACGAGAGAAUAGAGAAUUAUGAAGCAUAAGUGUUUCUAGAAAGUCAGUACUAAUUGCAAAAUUCAUUUACUACUACUUAUACUAUUUUACAAAUUUUGUGUUUGGGGGUAAUCUUGAACUAAACACAAUUAAGCCCUGUAUCAUUCAUUUUGAAUGAGGUUAAUUGGUUUACGACACAGGAAAUUAAAAAUGUUGCAAAAAAUCAUAACAUACACUGUAUGAAUUUACCUUUGAGCUGUAUUGACCAAUUACGAAACAAUGCCAUUUGAAAGAUAGUCUUCCUGCCUACACACACAAUCAUUUUUAUACUGUCUUCCUGCAUCAGUGUUCUUGCUUACGACCAUAAAUUUCUACCCUAAGAGACAAAAGGGGAGAAAUAAUAGGCAUAUGUUACAAGCAGUCAAAUUGUUUUGAUGUUUUUAGCUUUACAGAACACUAAAUGGAUCUUGUCACUUUAGUGGUGGUGUGAUCCAUCGUGCUGCUUUAUGUCUAUUACUUCAUGGUGAGGUUUAACAGAAUCUAUACAACAUUUACAUUUUUAUACUGUGCUGAUAGCAUUUUAGUGUCAUCACAACCUCAUCCUCCUCAGUACCACAUGCUAAACUAAUAAGUUACUUGCAUAUUUAGUUUUAUGUUUUACGUAUGAAUUUGCAGUCAUUUCCUAUUGUUUACUUCUCAUAUUUGUAGCUGUCUAUAACCAGGGUGUGUGAUUUUAGGUUUAAAGUUUUGUGUGGCAUAUGUGGUUUGAAUAUCACUACAUGAUCAGCUGCAUACCUGUUGCUUUCAGAGAAUCUCUAUUUGGAACAUGUUUUAUAGAAGCAAAAUAAUCCAGUGGUUCAGCAUCAGUCACUUAUAAAUGUCUGCUUAAUACACUAUGCAUGUGCUGAACAGUGUCCUCAUUAGAACAGUUACUGCCAGGUGAUAGGUGUUAGUAGGAUCUGAAUAAUAUAUUGAGCCAAGAGGUUGUAGGAAACAGUUAUUGGUGGCUGUGGAAUUGAUAUUUUAGUAAAUGGAGUUUUCUGUUAAUUUUGUUGGAAUAAAUUCUAGAUGAUGUACUGGAAGUAGAUUGAGAAUUUAUUGCAUGAUAACUAUGUGUUUUGUACAUAUUGUACAGUUGUAAAAUAUGCCAUUAAAUGUUUUGUACAUGUAGUCCAUAAUCAUGAUCUAAAUGUGUGUGUAUACCAUACUUCUUAAACCAUCUGUGAUAUUGCUAAACUGUAGCAGGUGUAAAAUAUCUUGGGCUUGAGAUUUCAAUCAGUAAUAUAUCAUUGUAAUUUGUUUGGACUGGAUGGAAAAACAUAUAUAUUAAUAUAAGUUUAAUUUACAGUAAGUGGAUUCAUCUGCCUCUAAGUAUUUGCAAUUACAGUCAGAGGACAGACAUAUCUGGGAUAGUUAGGCAUUGCUCACCCAAGUUCUGUAUUUCAUUCUUGAAAAUGUGCCCAUGGAAGUUACAUAAAGACUUAACUCAUAAAUUGGGUUGGAGAAAAUUAACUACAUACUUGCAAUAUUGGUUCAAAUCAUAAUAAUUGAACUGUUGCAAGUAUGUGUUAAACAAGGAGCAAUUGUGUUGUUGAGAUGCGAAAAAAGGGCAAGAAUGUGUCAAUCACGGUCAUAGUUACUCAGAAAAUUAAAAUAGUGUUCAUCAUGCAACAAUAUUUAUUUUGUUAUUUUCCAUGCUUGCUGAUUACUUGAAAAAUAUAAGUGAAGAUAUAGAGUGGAUUCAAAUACAUCAAAAAUUAAACAAGAGAUUAUUUUUAUUUGUCAUGUUACUGUGACAUAGUAAAUGAACUUAGAUGAAGUGAUUGGGAAGAAGAGGAGUGGAAGGGGGGGGAUAGGAGGAGGGGUGAAUUACUAAUUUUGAAAUGAUCACUUAGUUCCAGAUGUAGUGGAGAAACUAUCUCAAAACAGAAUCUCUGAUAUAGUUGUGAUGAUCCUUUCUCAUUGCCAGAUGCUCUUCAUGCUGAGCUCUGCCCUGUGGGGGCCCCCAUACUUUGAAGCGUUCUGUGUUCUCAGGGAUUCGUGUUUAACUUCUGAGCUUCAAUUGUCCCCAUUGUUAAUAUUUGAGAGAACAAUCUGCUGUUGCCUUCUGUAGUGCACUUUUUCCUGUCAGUGUUGUAAUUUGUCAUAAUCAUCGUCAUCAUAAUCAUCGUCAUCAUUUUCCUUGUCAGAUCUCUCAUCUGCAAAGUACCUAACUACGCCUCUUCACUAGAUAAUUGGCCAGCUGCUUGCAUUGUUUGCAUUACAGGUCUUGAACUAUUCCUAUCUAUCUUGUUUUCAUGGACAGUUCUGUGCUUCUAAAGCUAACACACACACUAUAAUUCUUGAUUCAGAAUAUGUAUUUGGCAUAUUAUUGAGGACUGAAUUUUAUACUAUAUGACAUCCUUUUUGAUCUUCCCAAAUUUAGAGUUUCCUGUUGCGAAGGUAUGAAAUACAUAUGCUACAACUUACCUAUUCUUUUCAGCAAGAAUAAUUAACAUAAUAAUUUAAUGUGACUCUUGAAUGAUGUCAAGAGGAUGAAAAUUGAAUGUAUGGCGUGUAAUAUGACAGAUAUAUUUUCAAAAAGUUCUUCGUACUUGUUUAAAUAAUUUCAUUUUCCUUGUUUAUCAUUGUGUAAACCUAUUAAAGUGAAGUUCACUGCACAGCAAGGAAGAAGCAGAACUUCACAGAUCAGUUAUAGACCAGUGCUGCUAAACAUACUCCUUGCCAAGUUUUUGUUAAAAAUUGUAGCCUUCCAUAAGACUAAAAGAUUGUAAUCUUUUGUUCUUCCUGUUAGAAAAAAUUGCAGUUAAAAAUAUACCUGUUCUGCAGGUAAUGUCCAAGGCAAAAGAUUAUAUCAUAGAUGGAAAUUCCUGGAAAUAAUUUCAAUGUAAAUUUUUGUUCAGUAUGUAACAUUUGUGAAUGGGACUUGAAUCCUAAUACCAAAGAUCCACUAAACAGCUUGCAAUAUUAUGAAUCUCAUUUAAAGAUUUUUUUUAUUUUUUUCCCUCGGAUAAGCUGGAUUAUUUUACUGUCAGUGAAUCUCACACCACUUGUUAACUAAGCAUAUAAAUAUAUUUACCUUUGUAUUUUCUGGAUAUUUUAGUGACAUAUAUUCUUGGGGAUAUGUUAGAGGUAGAAGAAAACUGUGCAGUGAUUUUUAGAAAUAAAUUGCAAAUUAUUUUGUGUAAUUUUGUGGUGGUAAUAUUUGGUAAGAACUCUUUUGGAGCAUUGUGGGUAAAUUUUUAUAUAAUAAUGACAUGAUGAUUAUCAUGAUCUGUGUAGAGUUGGAAAAGGUCUAAGUCUGUUUCUGUUCAUUUGUCUAAUACAAAACCUACAAAUACUUCCAUUUGACUUUAUUUGUUGUUUUUUCUGGACAAUCAUGUAUCAUUGAAUGUUGUCUGCAUAGUUUAGCAGUUAGUAGAAUUAAUGUACAUCUAGUUAGUUGAUCCAUGGAAAGCCUGUGUAAUAUUCAGCAGAAACAGUUUUAUUUAUAUUAUACUGCAGAAGGGACUCAAUAUAACUUAAUUGUACAAAUAUAUUAUACAAAUGAGCUAUGAUGUAGGUGAAUUUCACCUAAAAUUUUGUAAUAUAGCACAACUUUAGCUGGCAUUGAUGUGGACUGAUUGUAAAUGGUAGCUGUUAUAUCGCUGUUGCAUUAGAUUCUGUGACCAAAUGUUCAACUAAAAAGAAAAAAGAAAGAAAAAAAAACAGUGUCUAAGUAUUUGUAUUGUUGUACUAUAGAUCGUGAAAUGUGAAAAGUACAAAGACUGCAAAAUGAUAAUAAAUAUGUUGUCAGAAA